GAGCGCGUUUGCAUUCGAUCUUUGCUCUACCAUUCGAUCAGUUACAGUGAUCAGUUCGAACCGUUAAGAUGUCUGAAACCCGUAAGCAUCAUCUACUAACAACGAUUGUCCUGCUAUUGCUUGUGGUUGCAAGCUGUCUGCUGGAAUCGGUUGACGCUAGGCGAAGCCGUGGAAGUUCGAAACGAUACGCCAAACGGCCGAAAGGUGUGAACAUUGAAAUCUACCAUCCGAAGGGUGUCAUGAUUUGGUACCCGUAUCGUGCGGGCAUGGAGAUGUUCGGGAUAGAGAUCUUCAUCAACCAAGCCAUCCAACCGGUGGGAGACUCUAGUGAGGAAGAGACCACACCCCCGGCUUGUGACAUUUGUCUUAAUACGACCGAAGUUUCCUACGGCAAGUUUAUCCUGCGCAGCGAAGACGCGAUCAUUCGCAGCCGUGAUCAUGUGUUUUACAAUGCGAUCGUGAAGAAAACUAGCGGCGAAGCGUACGUUUCCCGAUCGAAUGAUUUUUACGUUUCCGAGAGCCGUAUCUUGUUGGGUGACAUAACGGGUGAUGCUAGCGCGUGUAGCCAUGAAACGGCAGUGGCAAAGCUUUCCACCAGCGAUCAGCAAAUGGUCAGCGAGAUUAAGCUGCUGGAAGAAAUUCUGCUCGAUGUCAGCGAGCAGUGUAACGCUGGUGAGGCUAACCGAACGAAACAAUUGCUGCUGGGUAUGGAAACACCGACCCGUUACGAUGCCAAGCAGUUGUAUGAGUUCGUGACGGAAGAGCUGAAACAGAAGAUGCCUGCGAUUGACUGGAAGCGUACGCUCGUGGAAGCGUUCUAUGCUAACGAUGGAAUUGGAUUCGAGGUGGCCACAAUAAUCGAUAAGCUGAAGGUGUUGAAAUUGGCUAAACAUCUGCCUGCCUCCUUGAUCACCGAUCUGGACAACUUCCAAACGGAGGACAUGACGAAUGAUAUCGAUUCUUGGAAUUAGACGACUGGUUGUUGUUUUUAAUCUUUGAUACUGUUGGUUUUACCCACGAGAACAUUGUUAUUGUCCAGCGCGGUCUUUUAUGUGUUUUGUGUGCAAUAAAUGAUUAUUUCUUUGCAGGCUUGAUAA